CGCAGCCGGAGGCGGGAGAGACGGUGGCGGUUGAGCUAGGGGCUGCGAGACGAAGCGGGGAGAGAGUGAACUUCAGCCCCGUCUCCUCCCCACUGCCGCGGCUGGGGCAACCCAAUCCGCGCUUGAAACGUCUUGGCUUGACCUGAGGAAGCGCGGGCCGGAAUAGCGUGGGGAGAGGGAAGUAGGUGCCACUGGGCUGCAGAUGACACGUGGGUGGGGGGCUUGCUGUGGGACAAGAGGAUCAGGUCCGUGCCUGCGCCCUCCACUCAGCGGUGGCUCUGCCUGAGGUUUUCCAGGGGGCCUAUUUACCCCGGGGACAAUCUCAUCCUUCAGGAGGUCUCCUGGACGCCUUUUCCUCCCAAUGCCGCCAGCCUAACCUGGCUCUUUCGUCCCUCGGAGAACCGGCUGCAUUGGAGUUUUCAAAAGACUUAUCUCUCUGCAGGCUCACCUCUGAGCUUUGUCUCCUUGGAUCCACCUCACUUAGACAGCUUCGGAUGUGGAUGCGGAUUUGAAUCAUGUCGCAGCCCCAGGGACUGCUAUGGCUCCCUUUGUUGUUCACCUCCGUCUGCGUCAUGUUAAACUCCAAUGUCCUCCUGUGGAUAACUGCUCUUGCCAUCAAGUUCACCCUCAUUGACAGCCAAACACAGUAUCCAGUUGUCAACACAAAUUAUGGCAAAAUCCGGGGCCUAAGAAUACCAUUACCCAGUGAGAUCUUGGGUCCAGUGGAGCAGUACUUAGGGGUUCCCUAUGCCUCACCCCCCACUGGAGAGAGGCGGUUUCAGCCCCCAGAAUCCCCGUCUUCCUGGACUGGCAUCCGAAAUGCUACUCAGUUUGCUGCUGUGUGCCCCCAGCACCUGGAUGAGACAUCCUUAUUGCAUGACAUGCUGCCCAUCUGGUUUACUGCCAGUUUGGAUACUUUGAUGACCUAUGUUCAAGAUCAAAAUGAAGACUGCCUUUACUUAAACAUGUAUGUGCCCACGGAAGAUGGUGAGUAUCUCAAUGGAACAGAAAACAAUUCUUCUUUAAAUGAUAGAGGAAAGCACAAAGAUAUUCAUGAACAGAACAGUAAGAAGCCAGUUAUGGUCUAUAUCCAUGGGGGAUCUUACAUGGAGGGCACCGGUAACAUGAUUGAUGGCAGCAUUUUGGCCAGCUAUGGGAACGUCAUCGUUAUCACCAUUAACUACCGUCUGGGAAUACUAGGGUUUUUAAGUACCGGAGACCAGGCAGCAAAAGGCAACUAUGGUCUCCUGGAUCAGAUUCAAGCACUGCGGUGGAUUGAGGAGAAUGUGGGAGCCUUUGGCGGGGACCCGAAGAGAGUGACCAUCUUUGGCUCGGGGGCUGGGGCCUCCUGUGUCAGCCUGUUGACCCUGUCCCACUACUCAGAAGGUCUCUUCCAGAAGGCCAUCAUUCAGAGUGGCACCGCCCUGUCCAGCUGGGCAGUGAACUACCAGCCGGCGAAGUACACUCGGAUAUUGGCAGACAAGGUAGGCUGCAACAUGCUGGACACUACGGACAUGGUAGAAUGCCUGCGGAACAAGAACUACAAGGAGCUCAUCCAGCAGACCAUCACCCCGGCCACCUACCACAUAGCCUUCGGGCCGGUGAUUGACGGCGACGUCAUCCCAGACGACCCCCAGAUCCUGAUGGAACAAGGCGAGUUCCUCAACUACGAUAUCAUGCUGGGCGUCAACCAAGGGGAAGGCCUGAAGUUCGUGGAUGGCAUCGUGGAUAACGAGGAUGGUGUGACGCCCAACGACUUUGACUUCUCGGUGUCCAACUUCGUGGAAAACCUUUACGGCUACCCUGAAGGGAAAGACACUUUGCGGGAGACUAUCAAGUUCAUGUACACAGACUGGGCCGAUAAGGAAAACCCGGAGACGCGGCGGAAAACCCUGGUGGCUCUCUUUACUGACCAUCAGUGGGUGGCCCCCGCCGUGGCCACCGCCGAUCUGCACGCGCAGUACGGCUCCCCCACCUACUUCUAUGCCUUCUAUCAUCACUGCCAAAGCGAAAUGAAGCCCAGCUGGGCAGAUUCGGCCCAUGGCGAUGAGGUCCCCUAUGUCUUUGGCAUCCCCAUGAUUGGUCCCACCGAGCUCUUCAGUUGUAAUUUCUCCAAGAACGACGUCAUGCUCAGUGCGGUGGUCAUGACCUACUGGACGAACUUCGCCAAAACUGGCGAUCCAAAUCAACCAGUUCCUCAGGAUACCAAGUUCAUUCACACAAAACCCAACCGCUUUGAGGAAGUGGCCUGGUCCAAGUAUAAUCCCAAAGACCAGCUCUAUCUGCAUAUUGGCUUGAAACCCAGAGUGAGAGAUCACUACCGGGCUACGAAAGUGGCUUUCUGGUUGGAACUCGUUCCUCAUUUGCAUAACUUGAACGAGAUAUUCCAGUAUGUUUCAACAACCACAAAGGUUCCUCCCCCAGACGUGACAUCAUUUCCCUAUGGCACCCGGCGAUCUCCCGCCAAGAUAUGGCCAACGACCAAACGCCCAGCAAUCACUCCUGCCAACAAUCCCAAACACUCUAAGGACCCUCACAAAACAGGGCCCGAGGACACAACUGUGCUCAUUGAAACCAAACGAGAUUAUUCCACCGAAUUAAGUGUCACCAUUGCCGUCGGGGCGUCGCUCCUCUUCCUCAACAUCUUAGCCUUUGCGGCGCUGUACUACAAAAAGGACAAGAGGCGCCAUGAGACUCACAGGCGCCCCAGUCCCCAGAGAAACACCACAAAUGAUAUCACUCACGUCCAGAACGAAGAGAUCAUGUCUCUGCAGAUGAAGCAGCUGGAACACGAUCACGAGUGUGAGUCGCUGCAGGCACAUGACACUCUGAGGCUCACCUGCCCACCAGACUACACCCUCACGCUGCGCCGGUCGCCAGAUGACAUCCCACUUAUGACGCCAAACACCAUCACCAUGAUUCCAAACACACUGAUAGGGAUGCAGCCUUUACACACUUUUAACACCUUCAGUGGAGGACAAAACAGUACAAAUGUACCCCAUGGACAUUCCACCACUAGAGUAUAGAUUUUCUGUAUUUCCCCUCCUAUCCCUCUGCCCCUACUGCUCAGCAACAUAGAGGAGACAAAUAAGCAGAAAGGAAAUCUCCAAACCACGAAUGUUUUUGUGCCACUGACUUUAGAUAAAAAUGCAAAACGGUAGUCAUCCUGUCCCAGCAGACCCUUCUCAUUGGCAUUUUCCAGUAUUGUGAGAUCAAGUUCUGACCAUAUGAAACGUGAAAAGUAUAUGUUUCUGUUACAAUACUGCUUUAAGAUCUCAAUCAUGACAACAGAUGUUUCGCGUGACUAGGACAUCACCAUUUCAAGGACCCGUGUGUUUCCAACAUCAUGGCAGCAGCUCACACUUCCAAAGCUCAGCCAGGGACACUUAAUAUUUUUUCAUUACAAUGGAAGUUUAAAUAUUUCUAUCUGGGCUACACAAUGGAUGGCUAUUCUUAAGUGAAGAAAGAAUCUACGGGCUUUUACACAGCACAUGGAGCUGUAAUCCAGAGAGAAGGAAAUGUAGAAUUUUAUUAUCAAAGUAAGAGAAUUGACUGUGCAGAAAAAUUUUACGGUUCUGUGGAAAGAGGUGUUCUGCCAGCCUGAACUAUAUUUAAGAAACUUAGUAAAAAAUAAAAA